GAAACUGCCAAAACAUGACUGUCUAGCUGGCAGUGGAGAUUGAAACUAUAACCAUGACAAAAUUUAUUUAAAACAGUUGUAAUCAUAUUUCAUUUUUCAACAUCUUUCUGCCAAAAAUGGCUUUAAGAAAUUCCAAAAUUGCCAGUGAUUUAGUACUAACCCAAUACAAAUACCUAUCAAGUAAAGCCGACCUAGCACUCCCCAUUUCAAGCAUCAAAGUAACAGAUUUCGGAAACGCAGACACCACCGACCUGGGGGCAUAUCGAUAUGUCGUAUCGAACACGAAGAAGCCGAGCGUCCUGCCCAAAAUCGAGUUUCCGAAAGAGCCGGAAGAACUCAUUCCGCCCGAAAUGAGACAUCUGCAACCCGCUAUGCUACCCAAAUUCAUGGAAUUGAGGAAUGGAAAAAGCGAAGUCCAAUGGGAAUCCACGGAAACAGAUAAAGAUUUGGAAUGCCCUUUUCCUGAACCAAUAAAAGACCUGCGUACCAAAACUUUGGUGCUCUCUGAUCAAAAGAAGGCCGAACUGAAAUCACCCAAUAUCAACGUCAAUGUGAAAACAGCCAACUUCAACGUCGUCAACAGGAACUAUUCUACGUCACCGUUUUUCAUCGUUUCGAGAUCGUUCGCUAAAGCAUCGAAAAAGGGCGCCAAAAGUGCUAAAGGCAGUGGCAAGGACGAAAAAUGCGAGAAGCAGCCGAAGCAGUGCAAAAAGAAAUCGGACUGCCCGAGUUUCAUUAUGAGAGAUUGCCCAACUGGAAAGCCAAAAUCGGACUGCUAUCACGCGUACAUGGAUCCGAAAUGCAGCAAAAAACUUGCGCCUUACCCGAGCUACAGCGAGUCCUGCGCAGAUCGAUUGGAAGACGAUCCAUCGGAAUGCAUGCAGUGCCCGUGGCAAAAAUGCGGGGGGGUAGAUGCCAUCAGGCCCCCCAAGAGAAGUUUCCACACAUCGAGUGCUCUGGACGAUCAGAAACUGAUCUUCAUGCAAAGCGAUGCCACGAAACACGCCCAAUAUAUGCCUCCUCACAAAGACUGUGAUGCAAAAAAGGAACCUUGCAAACGGCCGCCAGGAAAAUGCGAAAAACAGAAAGAGGAAAAGAAAAAGAACAAGUGCCCUGAGCAACCGAAAAAGAAAAAAUGCGACAAUGUUACUACGGCCUACGGACUUUGGGACGCAAAAGAAAAUUUAGUGCCAACGGAAUCUUGGCACACUAUCGAGAGCAAUUCAUUGACGAAUGUUUUGGAUUUGAAAAAUAUCAAAAAGUUGCCAUUUGACAAAGAUCAGGCGGACUACGCUAAGGUCAGCAAAAAGAAAUGUCAGAUUGAAAAGGAUUCGAAAUGUCGAAGGAAAAAGAGGAAAAAUGUGCCCGAGGGGUGUCCAGAGUCGGGUUGCCGAAAAGAUUGCGCUUGCAAAUUUUCGGAAAAAGUAAUUUUCAAAUUAGAGACCAAUUGUCCGAACAAUAGGGGAGGGGCUAACAAGGGACCGUCUAAGAAAAAAUGUCCCGUUGUGGAUACAACCAUUGAUAAAAAUUACAUGCCGAAGGAUCCUUGCUGCAAAGAUGCUAAAAAAGGAAACAAGAAGCGAAGACACAAACCGAAGGUUUAUGUUCCGGACAACCCAGAUUAUUGAAUGAAUUUUAAAAACAGCUGAUGAAAUAUAUUGCUAUCUUGUUUAAUUUUCGGAUCCCGACGUUCAUCUAAUCAAAGAGCAUGACAAAGGCAAUCCCCCACCUUGUACGAGUACGAGAAAACCAAGCAAGCAAUGUCCGAAAGAUGAGAAGAAGAAGAAGCAAUACCGUCAACAACGAGAUUUGGACAAGUCAUACUAUAAAAGGAAUAGGGAACCCUGGGCAGAUGAAGAUGCGUGAAUAGGAAAGACAAUUUCCUGUGAUCCUCCAAUGAAGUUUGAUUGUAUCUCUACAAGGAAGAGAGAGAGAAUUGAGCAAGCAGGGAACAAUAAAAUAUUUCUCAUGUAAUCCCAUCUCUAUAGCUGUUGAAAGUUUACCUAAAUAAAUCCGAACCUAGUUUAUUACAGUAUGAAGUCAUUCAUAUAUAGGC